AUGAACACAACGCCCACGCUCCCAAGAGCCACAGUGCUCCAAACCCUCACCAGCUUUUCCAAGGCGAAAGCCCACAUCCAACUCCUGCGCUGGACGCAGAUGACUUCAUCCAACUGGUCCGCCGCCUCAACAAAUUACAUGUACACCCAAGACCUCCUCGACGACGCCAAAUUCGUCCUCUCCGAAGCCCGAGCCGCCUUCGAAGCUCGCAGACGCCUGCACCUGGAUGAAGACGACGACUUCAGCGAACCAGAAUGGUGCGACGAAGAUCUCUGCACCGCUCAGACGGAGUUGGGACGUGUCAAGGUUGUCGCGGCGAUGGCGGAGGAGAUGUCGCGUCAACUGAAUGGUGAGAAGAUCCGGGCGAGGAAGGGGAUGGAUGCCUUUUUGCGCCAGUUCCCGGAAUUUGCUCAGGUGGCGAGAAGGACGACGACGACGAGUGAAAGACGCCGUCCCACCGUCUGCGGGGAUGGAGAUGAAGAUGACUGGACGGCUGCGCACAAAGCCAAGCGUGCUCGCACCACCACCACUACUACCAAUCCCUCCACAUCCUCCGCCCCCGAGGAGCCGACCAUAGAGCAGAAGACCAGCAAGGCCCAAAUGCAAACCUGGCUCACCUCCGCCAAAGUCGUUCUCACCGACCGCACAAACAUGACCGCCUUCCCAACCCCGCCACCUCUCCUCUGCACUACCUUAUCCUGCCGCACCACAACCAACGCAGCAAAACUCCGUUGGGAUCGUCGGGCACUAGAGGCCUGCGAACACGUGAUCCAACUCGCGUUCGAAGACAUGGCUGCGAAGCAAUUACGCCGGGAGAGGCACGAGUGGCAUCCUGAUCGGUUUGCUGUUUGCCGUGGCGCGGGGAAGGUUGGCAGUGAGGUGGUUGAGGGGUGGCAGAGGAUGGCUGCGGAGGUGUUCAAGGCUGUUAGUGAGAUGAUGAGGUAG